AUGGCGGAAAAAGGCCAGGAUGUUAUUCACCUCGACGAGCCCAACGGCAACUUCGAUCGCACAUGGAGAGAGGAGCAGUGGGGAGACAAGAAACUGAGUGUUGCGGCUCAGGAUGUCGCCAAAGACGAGAAGGAGAUGACAAUCCCUCAGGCUCUCAAGGCCUACAAGAAAGCCAUCUUCUGGAGCUUGGUAAUUUCAACCUGCGUCAUCAUGGAGGGCUAUGAUACAAAUCUUAUCGGCAACUUCUACGCAUACCCAUCCUUCCAGAGAAAGUAUGGCGAUUGGGUUGGCGUCUCGAAACAGACGCCCACUGGUUAUUCCCUGACUGCUGGUUGGCAGUCUGGUCUCGGGCAAGGCUCUGGCUGCGGUUCGAUCCUGGGUACUAUCAUCAACGGGUGGCUCAUUACCGCAUUCGGUCCUCGCAAGGUCCUGCUAUGCACUCUCUGUGUCAUGACCUGCUUCCUCUUCAUCCUUUUCUUCGCGCCCAGCAAGGAAGUUCUUCUGGUGGGCGAGAUUCUGCUGGGUUUCGAAUGGGGCAUCUUUGCCACCACUGCACCGGCAUACGCAUCCGAGGUGCUCCCACUGCAGCUCCGCGUCUUCUUCACCUCGUAUGUGAACAUGUGUUUCAUCAUCGGCCAGUUCAUCUCCGGCGGUGUCCUGCGUGGCCUGGUCAGCAGAAGCGACCAGUGGGGAUACAGAAUCCCGUUCGCAGUCCAGUGGCUUUGGCCGACGUUCCUCAUCCCCUUGAUCUUUUUCGCCCCGGAGUCGCCUUAUCACCUUGUUCGUCACAACCGCCUCGAAGAAGCCGAGAGGUCGAUUCGCAGACUGCAGGCUCCUGGUCCCGGGCUGGACCCCAAAAGAACCCUCGCGACUAUUGUCUACACGAAUAACUUGGAGGAGCAACUCGCCGUGGGGACGUCGUAUUUCGACUGUUUCCGAGGAUUUGAGAGGCGCCGGACGGAGAUCGCCUGCGUGGUCUUUGGUGGUCAGCUCGUGUGUGGUCUCUGCUUUGCCUAUGCUUCAACAUACUUCUUCCAACAAGUCGGCUUGGACACAAAGGCGGCUUACUCCUUGGGCGUUGGAGCCAACGGCCUUGCCCUUUUGGCCUGUUUCGCCAACUGGUUCUUGCUCAUGCCGUACUUCGGCCGCCGCACCGUCUACGUGUGGGGAAUGUGCGCCAUGGCCGUCGAGUUGUGCCUGAUUGGCAUCCUCAACCCUUGGACCUCUCAUCCCUCAGUCGCUUGGACGCAGGCAGUGCUGACCUUGGUGUGGACCGUGACCUUCCAGCUCAGCGCCGGCCAGCUGGGCUGGGCUCUGCCCGCCGAGAUCGGGUCGACCCGGCUGAGACAAAAGACCGUGUGCCUGGCGCGAAACGUGUCCAACAUCACGGGCGUCAUCGGCGGCACGCUCGAGAACUUCUUCAUGAACCCCAAGGCCUGGAAUCUGCAGGGGUACACGGGUUUCGUGUGGGGAGGGUGUGCCUGGCUGGUCUUCAUCUGGGCUUACUUCCGCCUGCCCGAGACAAAGGGCCGCACGUUCCACGAACUCGACAUCCUCUUCGCCAAGAACGUGCCCGCCCGCCAGUUCAAGACGACCCAGAUUGACGAGUUCGAUGAGCACGACCAGAACCAGCUCGCCGCGCGCUACAACAACUCGGUCACGGGCGGUCCCCCGCGCAGGCCGUCCUUCGUGCCCUCGGUGACCAACGUGCUGGCCAACCACGGCCGCGCCGAGGACGCCCUGGCCCAGCGCAGAGGGUCCGUGGUGACCACGCCCAACGCGUCGCGCAGGCCGAGCAUCGCACCUGCUGUUACGGAGUACUUGAGGACUCAUUGA